AUGACUGAUCAAGAUACAAAUAAUAAUUCUCUUCCGUUACGGGAAAGUCUAGUGAAGACGGCAGUACAGUUUCUGCAAAAUCCCAAAGUGUCAUUGAGUCCAUUGAUGCAAAAACAAGAAUUUCUUAGGAGAAAAGGCUUGACGGAUGAAGAAAUCAAAACAGCUUUCAAGCUAGCAUCUGUUGACAAUACAGUGGAUCGCAAUGCUUUGCAGAAUCAGAAUCCAUACACUGCUGUACAAAUGUCGCAAGGACCUAUUUAUCCAUAUCAUCAGACAAGCAUUUACCAAUCGACAUUUUUGCAAAAAGUCAGAGAUAUCUUUAAUACAACUGCAUUAAUUGGCGCGACAGUGUAUUUUGUCUAUUGGCUUUAUAAGAAAUUUAUAGAACCCUUUUUAUUUGGUCGAAAAAAGAAAAGUAAUGUGGAAGACAGGAUAAUUGAAUUAGAUAAAACUGUUCAAGAUACUAUGAAAGAAGUAAAAGAUUCUAUUUUAAAAAUGGAAAAUGAUGUGCAAAAGCUGACUCAGCAUCAAGCAUUGGAUCCUACUAUUCCACAAUUGGUGCAUGAAUUGAAGCAUGAUUUGUCUAGUCUAAAAGCUUUACUUUUGUCAAGGAAACAGUUUCCUAGUGCCCCUGCUUCUAUUCCACCAUGGCAGUUAGAUACAACAAAUGUAAGUCAAGAAAAAGCAACUGAACGAGAGGAUGAUGCUGGAAGUGGAAGUAGUACUAACAAUUCAGAUAGUUCUUUGGAAAUGAUUCGAGAAGACCCACCUAAAGAAUAAAUUUAGGAAUUUUAUAUAUAUAUAUACAUAUUGUAAUCAGAUAUUUUUCAAUAUAUGAUGUAUUCGGUAUAUGUUGAAAUGGAUGGUGGUUUUCCAAUAUUAUAUUCAAUA